AUGAGCACAGGUUUUAAUGUGGUUAUUUUUGGUGAAUCAGGUGUUGGAAAAAGUUCAAUAAUUAACAUGUUAUUUAACAGAGAUAUAGCCAAUACAUCGGAUGCUGCUAUCGGCUGUACUUUUGAAUCAAAAUUAUAUAAAGGAACAAGAGACGGAUAUUCAUUCAAUAUUUACGAUACAGCUGGUUUAAAUGAAUCUGACAAAGGACGCGUUAAACCAGACCAAGCAGUUGGAAAUUUAAUGAAAUUAGUUGGCCAUUUAGAAGAAGGUAUCCAUCUGCUGAUAAUGUGUAUGAGAAAGGGAAGAAUAAAUAAUGCUAUUGCAAAUAAUUAUCAACUAUUUUAUGAUGGCAUAUUUGGUAAAAAUGUUCCAAUUAUACUGGUUGUAACGCAUUGUGAACUGGACGAUCCUAUUGAUUCAUGGAAAAUAAACAAUCAAUCGUUAUUGAAAUCAAAAUUUAAAAUGGACUUUAAUGAUAUAAUUUGUGUCACAACACUAAAUAAAGGGAAACAUGCCGUUAAGUUUCAAGAAGAGUACAAUUCGUCUCGAGAAGCAUUAGGUCGUUCAAUAGUUCAAAAUGCGUUGAAGAAAGCAUGGGUUAUUGAGAAUUUCGCUGACUUUAUCAUGGUUAUGAUGAAACGAAUUUGGAAUAUAAUUGCGAAUUAUUUCAAUUUUCCUAAAUUACCUUUAAGUAAUAUCAUAUAUUCUAUAUUUCAAAAAUUAGGCUUCGGCGACAAGGAGGCAACCGAAAAAGCUAACAAACUAGUCGAUGAAUUGAAACAAAAUAAUAUGGCCAUAGAAGUUAUUCAUGUUAGUGAUGAUAACAAUUAA